GACAAGAUGGCGGCUGGCGGGGCUGGCGCUGCGGCGCCUGAGAGCCGGCUGCUACCUUACGCGCUGCACAAGUGGAGCUCCUUCUCCUCCACCUACCUCCCGGAGAAUAUUUUAGUGGAUAAGCCAAAUGACCAAUCUUCACGAUGGUCUUCUGAGAGCAAUUACCCUCCCCAGUACCUGAUUCUCAAGCUUGAAAGGCCUGCUAUAGUGCAGAGUAUCACAUUUGGAAAAUAUGAGAAGACGCAUGUCUGUAAUUUAAAGAAGUUUAAAGUCUUUGGUGGAAUGAAUGAAGAAAAUAUGACAGAGCUAUUAUCCAGAAUUGGAUUUCCACUCUUGUCCUGGGGACCCAGCUUUAACUUUAGCAUCUGGUAUGUUGAACUUAAUGGCAUUGAUGAUCCUGAUGUUGUGCAGCCCUGUCUCAACUGGUAUAGCAAGGUAGGACUUAAUUUUAAAACCCUUCUCUGCUCCCGCGCUCUGAGCCCCAAGCCCACGCCCAGAUCUCGGGUGCGUUCCCUGGCCCCCUGGGGUCCCAAAUCUUGCAGCUCUCAGGAACAGUCCCCGGAGCUGCCAAGGACUCAAUGGGUGCCCCAAACUUGCUCCACCUCUCUCCAGCUGGCCUCAGUGUUACAGGUGCUGUGCGUGGAGGGUGUGGGUGUGGGGUGGCUGCCCAGCCCUCGACCCAGUGAGAGCUGUUUCACCCCUUCACAGCAUGGAAAUGCCUCGACUCCACGCACCCUCCGCGCUGUGCCCUGCUGUGGGGUUCCUCUGCUCUUCUGGACCUGUUCCCAUGUCCCCUUGAGGAGUUUUGUGAGCUUCCGUCAGGAGAGGUCAAGAGUUGCUUCCUACUCUGCCGCCAUCUUAACCCGGAAGUAUGGUUUGUUCAACCAGUAUAUCAGUCAACAGGAAUAUAAGCCACGGUGGAGUCAGAUCAUCCCCAAAAGCACUAAAGGUGAUGGAGAAGAUAGCAGACCAGGAAUGAGAGGUGGACAUCAAAUGGUUAUCGAUGUUCAGACAGAGACUGUUUAUUUGUUUGGUGGAUGGGAUGGAACACAAGAUCUGGCUGACUUCUGGGCAUACAGCGUGAAGGAGAACCAGUGGACUUGUAUAUCAAGAGACACUGAGAAAGAGAACGGCCCUAGUGCCAGAUCUUGUCAUAAAAUGUGUAUUGACAUUCAGAGAAGACAAAUAUACACACUGGGACGUUACUUGGAUUCCUCUGUGAGGAAUAGUAAAUCUCUGAAAAGUGACUUCUACCGCUAUGACAUUGACACAAACACAUGGAUGUUGCUAAGUGAGGACACUGCAGCUGAUGGAGGACCCAAGUUGGUGUUUGAUCAUCAGAUGUGUAUGGAUUCUGAAAAACACAUGAUCUAUACUUUUGGUGGAAGAAUUUUGACUUGUAAUGGCAGUGUAGAUGACAGUAGAGCCAGUGAACCUCAAUUCAGUGGUUUAUUUGCUUUUAACUGCCAAUGUCAAACAUGGAAACUUCUUCGAGAGGAUUCAUGUAAUGCUGGACCUGAAGACAUCCAGUCCCGAAUAGGACACUGCAUGCUUUUCCACUCAAAAAAUCGUUGCUUAUAUGUAUUUGGUGGUCAGAGAUCAAAAACCUACUUGAAUGAUUUCUUCAGUUAUGAUGUAGAUAGUGACCAUGUGGACAUCAUAUCAGAUGGCACCAAGAAAGACUCUGGGAUGGUGCCAAUGACUGGUUUUACACAAAGAGCUACCAUUGAUCCAGAACUGAAUGAAAUACAUGUCCUGUCUGGACUCAGCAAAGACAAAGAGAAGAGGGAAGAGAAUGUCAGGAAUUCCUUCUGGAUUUAUGACAUUGUGAGAAAUAGUUGGUCCUGUGUCUAUAAAAAUGACCAAGCUUCAAAGGAUAAUCCAAGUAAAAGUCUACAGGAGGAGGAACCAUGCCCAAGAUUUGCCCACCAGCUUGUAUAUGAUGAAUUGCACAAGGUUCACUAUUUGUUUGGUGGAAAUCCUGGCAAAUCCUGCUCCCCAAAGAUGAGAUUGGAUGAUUUCUGGUCACUGAAACUCUGCCGUCCUUCAAAGGAAUACUUGUUGAGGCAUUGCAAGUACCUUAUAAGGAAACACAGGUUUGAGGAGAAAGCCCAGACAGAUCCUCUUAGUGCUCUGAAAUAUUUGCAGAAUGACCUUUAUGUAACUGUGGAUCAUUCAGACCCAGAGGAAACAAAAGAGUUUCAGCUCCUAGCUUCAGCUCUAUUCAAGUCUGGCUCAGAUUUCACGGCUCUAGGCUUUUCGGAUGUGGAUCACACCUACGCUCAAAGAACUCAGCUCUUUGAUACCUUAGUAAAUUUCUUUCCAGACAGCAUGACCCCUCCCAAAGGAAACCUGGUCGACCUCAUCACACUGUGACUGAAGAAUCUUUUGACGCACCUCUGAAGAUAUAAGAAGUCUCCGUUCAGUAUUUGGGAUUUUGACUGUGUUGACUGACAGGUUGCAGUGAUAAGAGGACUACAUCAGAUCUUUGAAGGGAUCUCACUGUUUUAAGUUUUGACCCUCUUCCUUUAUACCCUCCGCUCACUACACUUUCCUCACCUCCUUCCUAAAUUAGGCUAAUAAAGUGGAAUUGGUAUUCUUUCCAUUUAAA